AUGAAUAGGGUCCGCCGCUCAUCAUCUCUCCAUAACCCAGAGUCCAAUUUCUAUCCGAUCGACGAUUCAAGACUAUCCGAAGUCUCCGCCCUCACCCCAUCAAGCAGUUUUUUCUCCGUUUUCUCAAGUCCAGUUUCUCCAAAACCCCCAAGUUUCGCGACAAGUGCAAUGGCUCGUCAACGAUGCUGCUUCGGAGCGUGCCAACUCCGUGUUGGCGCAUGUGCCAUUGGUGUAGCUUGCAUCCUGAUCUCUAUUCUCUCACUCUGCUCAUUGCUCUCCGUAUCCACCACAAUGACAUCCGAUGCCCAAUCUUUCCUUACUACUCCAAUAGUUUUGUCUCUUGCUCAAUUCGCUACUUCAAUGAUCAUGAUCGUAGCAGUGCUCACCAGUUUUCAUUGGCUCCUCUUCCCCUUCUUGCUGUCCAUGAUGUCCAACUUACUAGCUCUCGUUGUUCUCUGCUCAUGGAGUGUUCUUCGUCGCCAUGAACUAUCCCAACCAGUCGUCGCCUUGAUUUUGAUCGUUUCUGUGGGCGUCUCACUUCUCUAUGCUUGGUUCCUGGCGAUCGUCUCACAAACAUUCUUUGUUAUUCGAGACCGGAAGAUUAUGGGAUACGACGAUGAAUUCGACAUCGAGAACCGACAAUUCGAUCGAGCAAGCAGUUCAAUUGUCUGA